ACGACUCCUCGUCGAACUCCAACGACUCUUCCACAAAGUAGUAUAUCAAUAGUGAAAGUCGCCCCCCUCACGGAUUCGUAUAUACAUAUAUAAAUAAUCGGCUUAUAAAUCAUCCGAGUCGUUCAGGUCGGUUUUCAGUACAUUCGCGAGUUUUGUUUUAAGUAGAUUAUUUAAAUUAACUCUUAUGUAGUAAGAUAUAAAGGUUUAUUUUAGUAUAUAAAGUGAGGUUUUUAAGUUAUCGCGAUUUUUUUUUGUAUUUACCAUGGAUGCCAAUCAAUUUCGAGAAUUUGGUAAAGCUGUUAUUGAUUAUGUUGCUGAUUACACUGAAAAUAUAAGGGAUAGAUCUGUUCUACCAUCCAUUGAACCUGGAUAUUUACGUCCUUUAUUACCAUCGGAAGCUCCACUUAAACCAGAAUCAUGGCAAGAAAUUUUAAUGGAUGUCGAACGCGUUAUAAUGCCCGGAGUUACUCAUUGGCAAUCUCCAAAUUUUCACGCUUAUUAUCCCACCGCUAGCUCUUAUCCUUCGAUUGUUGGUGAUAUUUUAAGCGGAGCUAUAGGAUGUGUUGGAUUUAGUUGGAUGGCGGGGCCAGCUUGUACCGAAUUGGAGGUUGUAAUGAUGGAUUGGCUUGGAAAGCUAUUGCACCUGCCAGAGGAAUUUUUGAAUUGCUCGGAGGGCCCCGGCGGUGGGGUCAUUCAGGGUUCUGCAAGCGAAGCAACAUUCAUUGCAUUAUUAGCCGUUAAACAACGAAUGGUAAACGAAAUACAGGAUGCAAACCCGGAGAUAUCAGAGGAUGAAAUUAAAUCUAAAUUGGUCGCUUAUUCAUCUGAUCAAUCAAAUUCUUCUGUUGAAAAAGCCGGUAUAAUCGGCUCGGUACGAAUGCGUCUUUUAGAAAGCAACCAAGAUGGUCAAUUAGAAGCAAAAACGCUUCGUGAAGCAGUCAAAAAAGACCGCGAAGCCGGUUUGAUUCCUUGUUUCGUUCUUGCAACAUUAGGAACGACCGGAACUUGCGCCUUUGAUGAUAUGCAAGAACUUGGUCCGGUUUGCGUCGAAGAAAAUCUUUGGUUACAUAUCGACGCUGCGUACGCUGGAAGUGCUUUUAUAUGUCCGGAGUAUCGUUACUUGAUGAAAGGGGUUGAAUAUGCGGAUUCUUUUAACUUUAACCCACACAAAUGGAUGUUGGUUAAUUUUGAUUGUUCGGCAAUGUGGGUGAAAGAUUCUCGUCAUCUCCACAACGCUUUCAGCGUCGAUCGUAUUUACUUAAAACACAACAAAGUGAGUUCUUUGCCGGAUUAUAGACACUGGCAGGUGCCGUUAGGAAGAAGAUUUCGAGCGUUAAAGCUUUGGUUUGUUUUGAGAUCUUAUGGAGUUGAAGGUAUUCAAAAACAUAUUCGUCAUCAAAUCGCAUUGGCUGAACAUUUUAAGAAUUUGGUAGAGUUGGAUUCAAGAUUUGAAGCGUGCACUUGUAGUUUAGGGUUGGUUACGUUUAGAUUAAAAGGAGAUGACAGUUUAACGCAGAAAUUGUUGGAUAUAUUGACCGCUAAACGGGAAUUGUACGCAGUUCCGUGCCGAUACAGAGGAAAAUAUGUAAUCCGAUUUGCAAUUUGUGCCAAGUCCACUCAAGUUGAAGAUAUUAAUUGGGCCUGGAAUAUGAUUUGUAAGGAAGCGGAUGCGUUGGUUGGACCUAAAGUAAGGAAAGUUGAGAUUAUCGAUGAGAUUAUAAACGAAAAAGCGAAAUUCGAUGCUAUUAAUAUCACGUCGAAUGCUGAAUCUGUUGAGAAAUCUAAAUAACAGUUAACAAAAUAAGAGAUACUUUUUUUGUUAAAUAGAUUAAUAUAUUUGUUUUGCACUAUUUUGUUAGAUUAGUUUUUACAAUUGCAGUGAUAGGUUGUGUAUAAAAUGUAUUAUUUAUGUAAAUAAAAAUGUCAAUAAAAUAAAAGUUUGUGUACAUCUAAAA